GUUGGCAUCUCACUGGGUUCCACUUACACAGUUGAAGAUCCUUUAGGUUAUAGACAAGAAGAGUUGUAAGUACCAAAUUUUGGGAAUUCCAUUGAUUAAAUGAAAAAUAAUUUUUGAUUAUUGAUGCCACAGUAUUUGCACACUAAGGGGUGGUUUCCCGGACAAGGAUUAUCUUAAACCAGGACUAGGCCUUAGUUUAAUUAGGAAAUUAACUAGUUUUAACAAACAUGCCUUACUAAAAAUCAUUACCUGUGUGCAUUUUGAGGCAAAACAAAGGGCACUGAUGUAUUUUAAGAUAUGUCAGUGCAAGUAGUUUUCAGUUUGGACAGCUCUUACAUGUAUUUUAGUCUAGGACUAGUCUAAUCCCUGUCUGGGAAACCGCCCCUAAAUGCUUACAGUACUGAUUUUAUGAGUUCACUUGUCAUACAGUUGCUGGUUGGCUUUCUUGGACCCCAAACGUAAUUUCGAUAUGGGGAGGCCAAUGUUCUGGGGAUUUCUGCUUCCCUUGGUGAUCAUGCUGAUCUUCAACAUGGCAAUAUUUCUGCAUUUCUCUCAGAACACCUGCAAGACCGUCCCUAAUUUAGUCCGUUUGCAGCAAACUCCUUUAAAGAAGAAGUUUCUGAGUAGUUUUUCUAUGGCUGUGAUGCUUGGUCUAUCGUGGUUCACUGGCUACAUUUUGCUUAUCACCAAAGAUCCAACUCUUCAACUUAUCCUGAGCAUAGUUUUUUGUGUCUGCAACACAACACAGGGCAUACAAAUAUUUAUUUUAUUCACUCUAAGAUCCGUAAUAAACUCAAAUCCAGCCAUUCUCAAUGCCAUGCAUGCACCCAACAUUGGCAUUCACAGGAAAGUGUUCUUCCUAUGGAAAGUUAAAGCAGAAGAAAACAUUGAAAUCUACACACGCACUGAUCUUGACUCUGCUGAGAUGCCUCAGGUCAUCGCUGAGCUGAAGUAGAUCACUGGAGGCUGUGGCUGUCACAUCAGUAUAAAGGCACAACAUGAAGUGAAUCUCAUGUUAAAUGGAUGCUGAGAAAGGGGGAUACCAACUUGAAUUAUGGUGGAUGCGUGACAACAUGGCAGAUUGGUGUUUAGUAUGCAACUCAGUUUUAUAUGACAGGCAUUUUAGAUGCGUGUGAAUUUUUUAAAGGGCGUUUUGCAGGUAAAAUUUUUCAACGGAUUUGUGCAAUUUGCUUGUUGAUAAUAAACAUUUAAACUGUUAUCCAUUGUAUUUUAUGUUGUUGGGUAUCACAAAACCCGAAAAAGUAUGAAAAAGUACAGCAAUUUGCAAUGAUUCUCCUUUCCCUCACAACGCACUGUAUGACGUCACGCUGGGGAGAGAAUUGACCAAAGCCGCCUUGAGAGCAUUGAGAAUGACUAUAGAAAGACGAGUAAAGUACAGUUCUGAUAGCGCAGAUAAUACAUAAAUACAUACAUACAUACAUACAUACAUACAUACAUACAUACAUACAUACAUACAUAGAUACAUAGAUAGAUAGAUAGAUAGAUAAGAUAGAUAGACAGAUAGAUAGACAGACAGACAGAUGGAUAGGCUAGUAUAGAGAGAUAGGCAGACAGCCAGAUAGCAUAAGGUUAGCAUAUCUUCGUGUAGAAAGUAACCAAACAAUUAACAUACUCGUGCAUGCUGGCUUGAGGGGGUCCAUGGUCCUGCCGGAAAUGGGUGUUACUUUAUGCGAUCUUCAGCACAAACGGUUUUGGCAGCAUGUCUCUAAUCCUGGAAGGUGAGUGAAGCACGUCACGUCUGUUCGCGGGGACCAGCGACCCAAACGCACUCACUUUCUUACAGCCAGUAGCGGAAUGGCAAUCGAGAGAGUCGGGACUUUCCCGGGCCGAUCUGAUAAUAGUUAUACAUUUCGAGUUAUAUUAGCAACACCGUCUGGCGGCGUGAUGUGCGCCGGUUCCCGCAGCCCGCUGGUCAAACUGUGCAGGCAGCCUCUCUGCUCAAUAAAGUAUAUAAAAGUGCUCAACCUGUUCGGCAGGUCCAAACAUGUACAGGAUUUAUAAAAAUACGGUGAUCAAUGAGCGGUUCCUCCUCAAAUGGCUUAGCCUGUCGUGAUGUAAAAAGCCGCCGAACGCCUGUUUAUUACAGUAUGUAUGCGGUCGGAUCCGAGUGUGCUGCAGCUGCUGACUGCUGCUGCGUAUAAAAUGAUCGUGUGAUUCGUUA